UGUACGGCGGCCAGGAUAAUUCAAUAUAAACCCGUCUCCUUCCUUGUCCUCCUCGUUUGUAGCAUCCCUCGAAGGCUCAGCUAGUCUCCCGAGUUGAACCAGCUCUUCAAUAAAAAGACCCGUGUUUUUUAUCGUUCAACCAAGCGGUCUCCGUUAUCUCCGCCAUGGCGAGCUACCAGAAACCCGACGAGAAGACUUUGCAGGGUCUGAAAGACAUCGCCAACAAGCUGCGGAUCAACUCCGUCAAGGCGACGUGCGCCUCCAACUCCGGUCACCCCACCACAUGUUGCAGUGCAGCAGAGCUGAUGUCUGUGCUGUUCUUCCACACGAUGCGUUAUAAAGCUGCUGACCCACGCAACCAGUGCAACGACCGCUUCGUACUGUCUAAGGGUCAUGCUGCACCAAUCCUGUACGCUGCCUGGGCGGAGGCGGGCUUUGUGAAGGAGGCCGACCUGAUCAACCUGAGGAAGCUCGACUCCGACCUGGAGGGUCACCCCACACCUAAACUGGAGUUUGUUGACGUGGCAACUGGGUCUCUGGGACAGGGGCUUGGGGCUGCCUGCGGGAUGGCCUACACUGGGAAACACUUCGACAAGUCCAGUUACCGUGUGUACUGCAUGAUGGGUGAUGGGGAGUGUUCAGAGGGGGCUGUCUGGGAAGCCAUGGCGUUUGGUUCUCACUACAACCUGGAUAACCUGGUGGCUGUUAUCGACGUUAACCGCCUGGGACAGAGUGAACCUGCUCCUCUCAAACACGACAUGGACGUCUACCGCAAGCGCUGCGAAGCCUUCGGGUGGAACACGUAUGUGGUGGAUGGUCAUGACGUUGAGGAGCUGUGUAAAGCUCUGUGGCAGGCCCAGCAGGUGAAGGGGAAACCCACUAUGAUCCUGGCCAAGACCUUCAAGGGCAGAGGACUCAAAGGCAUUGAGGAUAUGGAGAACUGGCAUGGGAAGCCCAUGCCUAAAGACCGGGCCGAGGAGGCCAUUAAAGAGUUGACGGCUCAGAUUCAGAACCCCAACAACACCGUCUGCCCCGAGCUACCUAAAGAAGAUACCGCCCCCGCUGAUCUCUCACCUAUCAGCCUGCUCUCCCCGCCCAACUACAAGGUUGGGGAUAAGGUGGCUACUCGUAAGGCGUAUGGCGUGGCCCUGGCUAAACUGGGUCAGUCCAGUCCGAGGGUGGUGGCUCUGGACGCUGACAUGAAGAACUCUACCUUCUCUGAGAUGUUCAACAAGGCCUACCCUGAACGCUUCGUAGAGUGCUUCAUCGCUGAGCAGAACAUGGUGAGCGUGGCGAUUGGCUGUGCCACGAGAGAUCGCACAGUGGCGUUUGCCAGCACCUUCGCUGCCUUCCUGUCCAGGGCCUACGACCACAUCAGAAUGGCCGCCGUCUCUGAGUCUAACAUCAACCUGGCUGGGUCUCACUGUGGCGUCUCCAUCGGUGAGGAUGGCCCCUCCCAGAUGGCUUUGGAGGACAUUGCUAUGUUCCGCGCUAUCCCAACAUGCACUCUGUUCUACCCCAGCGAUGGCGUGUCUGCUGAGAGGUCUGUAGAGCUGGCUGCUAACACCAAGGGAAUCUGCUUCAUCCGCAUCACCAGACCAGAACUGAAGGUGAUCUACGACCCCGACGAGAAGUUUGAGGUGGGCGUGGCCAAGGUGGUACGUCAGUCCGACAGCGACAAGGUGACUGUGAUUGGAGCUGGAGUGACUCUGCAUGAAGCUCUGACUGCUGCUGACCAGCUGGCCAGCGAGGGAGUGAACAUCCGUGUGAUUGACCCGUUUACCAUCAAGCCCCUGGAUGCCGCCACCAUCGUGUCGAGCGCCCGCGCCACCGGAGGGAGGAUCAUCACCGUGGAGGACCACUACAGAGAGGGGGGUCUGGGGGAGGCGGUGCUGUCUGCAGUAGGGGAGGAGCCUGGUAUCGUCGUGACGCGCCUGGCGGUGAACCGUAUACCCCGGAGUGGAAAACCUCAGGAGUUACUCGACCUGUACGGAAUCAGCGCUAAACACAUCGUCGACACCGUGCGCCGGACCUUCGCCAACUGAGACCAUCGUCUCAUCGUUUGUCUCCCGAAUGGCACCCUAUAUGUAGUGCACUACUAAUGACCCGGUUUCCUAUUGGGCUAGUGCACUAGGUUGAGAAUAGGGUGCCAUUUGGGACACCAAGUCUGUACACAUUUACCAACUUCAUCUUCUCCAUCCCUCCCUCCGCAGUCUGAGGGGGAAGAGGGCUUAAAAACCUGCCUUCUCUCCUCCCAUCUACCACUAGUGUUAAACAGAACAUGGCUCUCUAGCGCCCCUUGUGGCUGUAAGGCCGAGUGCAGCUCUGUCCUGCUGUACGGUGUAGCGUCACAGCAGCAGAGCCGAUAGGCUAGCUCUCAGCGGAGAGGGAGGGGUCUGAGUGAUGUCUUGACCAUCCCAGAAGGGUAAUAUGCUGUAAUGUUUCUAGAUGACUCUUUACACACAUUCCGUGUGUUUUCAUGGUUCCACAUUCCGUGUGUUUUCAUGGUUCCACAUUCCGUGUGUUUUCAUGGUUCCACAUUCCGUGUGUUUUCAUGGUUCCACAUUCCGUGUGUUUUCAUGGUUCCACAUUCCGUGUGUUUUCAUGGUUCCACAUUCCGUGUGUUUUCAUGGUUCCACAUUCCGUGUGUUUUCAUGGUUCCACAUUCCGUGUGUUUUCAUGGUUCCACAUUCCGUGUGUUUUCAUGGUUCCACAUUCCGUGUGUUUUCAUGGUUCCACAUUCCGUGUGUUUAUGGUUCCACAUUCCGUGUGUUUAUGGUUCCACAUUCCGUGUGUUUAUGGUUCCACAUUCCGUGUGUUUAUGGUUCCACAUUCCGUGUGUUUAUGGUUCCACAUUCCGUGUGUUUAUGGUUCCACAUUCCGUGUGUUUAUGGUUCCACAUUCCGUGUGUUUAUGGUUCCACAUUCCGUGUGUUUAUGGUUCCACAUUCCGUGUGUUUAUGGUUCCACAUUCCGUGUGUUUAUGGUUCCACAUUCCGUGUGUUUAUGGUUCCACAUUCCGUGUGUUUAUGGUUCCACAUUCCGUGUGUUUAUGGUUCCACAUUCCGUGUGUUUAUGGUUCCACAUUCCGUGUGUUUAUGGUUCCACAUUCCGUGUGUUUAUGGUUCCACAUUCCGUGUGUUUAUGGUUCCACAUUCCGUGUGUUUAUGGUUCCACAUUCCGUGUGUUUAUGGUUCCACAUUCCGUGUGUUUAUGGUUCCACAUUCCGUGUGUUUAUGGUUCCACAUUCCGUGUGUUUAUGGUUCCACAUUCCGUGUGUUUAUGGUUCCACAUUCCGUGUGUUUAUGGUUCCACAUUCCGUGUGUUUAUGGUUCCACAUUCCGUGUGUUUAUGGUUCCACAUUACGUGUGUUUAUGGUUCCACAUUACGUGUGUUUAUGGUUCCACAUUACGUGUGUUUAUGGUUCCACAUUACGUGUGGUUUCAUGGUUCCACAUUACGUGUGGGUUUCAUGGAGUUCCACCUGCUUGAUCAUGAACCUCUCCAUAGCGCUGUUAGACACCAUGCCAGCUCCAGGAGGGGCUGGACAGUUCCUGAUUAACGUCUGCUUGUUGCUGGUCAUAGCCUUAAUUAGCAGUGAAACUGAUGCAGGGUAUUUACAUUCAAUGAUCCUGAGUUGUAUGUAUUCAACUUAAAGGACUUGUUAUAACACUGUUACAUGAACUAAUGUGUUCUUCUAAGCUGGUUGUGGUGGGUGUCUGGCUCGUGUUGCUUUCUGGGUAUUAUCUGACCCUAGUAUCUCCACACAGUAAUGUCUGUUUCCAGUCAAUGGUUGGUUUGCAUUGCCAUGGUAAUGCUGAAAUAAUAAACUACAACUUGACCCAA